AUGUCCACUAAGAGCUCGAUACUCUCAACGUUAAGACUGUUGCGGAGCGGAGAUUCCGCUUCGAAGACUGGGAAGGACAUCGAGUACAAGUACUUCACCCUGAGUCUCGAUACAGCCCAAGAAAGGUGCACGAUCCGCUUACCACCGUACCCUUAUGUCCUUUAUCUCGUUAAGCAGUUCACGAUUUAUUUUGGGUACGACUGGCACUGGGUUCGGCUAAGGAAAUUCAACCAGCAAGUGGAAACAACAUAUAAAUCGCCCAGCUUACCGGGGGUCAAAGAUCGUACUUGGCUGUGCAAGCUACUCGUGGUUCUGGCUAUGGGAGAAUCAGCAAGCCCUAAUUCCACCCCGUCUAAGAAUGCAGCGCCUGAAGCUACUUCAUCUCCACCUGGAACAGAGUUCUUUAAGCAAGCACUCAAGCUACUGAGCAUCCGUUAUGAAAGCGCGUCCAUCGAGGACGUCGAGGUUCUGAACAUGAUAGCCCUGUACUCCAAUCAACUGAACAGACAGAAGACUGCAUAUAUGUACGCGGGGAAAAGCGCAAGACUGUGCAACAUGCUACAGCUGCAUCGAGCGGAUGCUUCAACCGGUUACUCGCCUUCGGAGAAAGAGCACAGGAAGCGCGUGUGGUGGUCCACCUUCUGCCUGGACAGGAUGACCAGCAUGCAAAGGGGAUUUCUACCAACCCUCACAGCAACUCAGACUGAUCUGGAGUACCCGUCUCAAGGGGAUAUUUCUCCUGACAAUGCCGGAGACUUCACCGACCCUGACUACCUUACCGCUCGCAUUCAGCUUACCAUCAUCCAGGCCCGUGUCGUCAGUCAUCUGAGCCUGUCAGAGCCAGCCGACGUACUGAACGUUAUCGGCCCCAUGCUCGAAACGCUCUCCACUUGGAAGAAAGCAUUGCCACAUCAUAUGGCUUCUCAGAUUGAAGACGGCUUGCCUCGGCCGAACAGAUCUCUUCCGUGUAUCAGGUCCCUUGCCAACUUGUAUCUUCGGUACAACCACUGCGCAAUUGUCCUUCUACGCCCGAUGCUUCUCAAGCAGGUAGCGCUUCUCUACACAACCGACGAACCAACCACACCACCUGAAGCGUCGACGCAGCUCAGUGAUUUCUGCCUCGAUGCCGCCCGAUCAAGCGUUGGAAUUCUGAUCAAUGUCCAUUCGAACGGCCUACUAGCAAGACUAGGACUCAUGGAGAGUGUCCACCUCUUCACCAGUCUAGCCAUCAUCCGCUUGUCUAUUUGGACAAGAAAUUACCAAUCUAGUGUCCCCAAGGAGGGCUCUGACGAUAUUCAGCUCUAUGACUCGGGCAAGGAGUUGCUUCAAUACAUGAUUCACUGUGGCAGCUUGGCGGCCAAAGUCCACCGCAGGAUGUUACAAGAAGUCGAGGAUCUGCCGCUGCGACACGAUGUGCCUGUGCAUAGUCAAGGAGAGGGGGUUAACCAGCAGGACUGGGAUCUCGAUGAGUGGAUUGCACGGUUCAUCCAGAGUGAAAAUGCCCCGAUAGCCUUCGAUAUCUGA